AUGAACGAUGCAUCAAAUGUCCGCAACUCUGCGAAGCCAUCCAAAAAUCGUGCAUGGGGACUGAUGGCUGUCAACAAAUACAUCAUCGCAUAUGUUCACAUUAUCACAUACUUUACGAUCAGCAGCGCUCAGCACUGGACACGGUGUAUUGGCGACAUGGACUUGGAUGAGCUCCUCUGGGCCAUCAUUGAAAUGCUAGACGACGACGAUGAUCCAUGGGUCAAAGACACCCUCGUGUGGUGGAACAGGCACCUCAAACCAACCAAGGACAACUCACACUUGGCCAAGCUCAUGCGAAAGGAAAGUGAGGACGACAUUGCACAAAUUCGUGCUCAGCGAGCUGCACGCCAUUCUGCAUUAGUUACAUCAGAUGUGCUGUCACGUCCGGUCAACCCUAAUGGGUCUCGAGAGCCCUCAACCAGUAAGCAAGCUCGCCCUGUGGAGUACGAAGAUGAAGACGAUAUAACACAUGCACCCAAACGGCUUCGUGACUCACCACCUCACCCAAAUUCCAACGCUAAGCAGCACUGCACCUCAGUUUAUGAUGACAACGAGGUUGCAGCACCACGAACACAGUCAACCCACCCUCGGUUGGAAAGGCGAGGGCAGCCUGCGAAGCCAUGGCCCCUGCACCAGCGCCACACUCAGGUUACUUCAGACAACGACGAAGAUACCCCACCCCCUCGCAAGCUCAAAUCCAAGCGCCCUAUCUCUCUCGAUGAUGAUGGCGACGAGCUGGAAAUAGCAGCACAACCCAAACAGCCUCGAUCUGACCCCCACGUGCCAUUGCCUCCAAAGUUCAAUAAACCUCGGUACUCCACCUCUGAUCAUGGUGAGGCUCCAACUUCAAUGCAACCUGCCCGUGGAGCUACAGAUUCCGAUGGAGAGGAACACCAACCUCGGCUAAGCAAGCCUCAGCAUCCUACAAGUGCCUCCGUCCAGUAUGAUGAUGAGGAUCAGCCUCCACGUCCUAAGCCGAAACCCAAGCCGAAACCUCGACGCCCUGCUGCUUGCGAUGAGCACGAGGAUUCACUAAGUGCGCAUGUGACCAAGCAGUCGUCGAAUGUGAUUCAGCAGUCUCAGCCAGCGUCUCCGCCUCGACGCCCCUCACCCCCACUGUCAGAUCUGACUGACAAUGACAUCAACUUCUCCCCGCAAGCUCCAAUGGCUCCCGUUCCCUCAAAGAAGAGAGGGAGGAAGAAAAUCACCGAUCCUGACGCUCCUCAAAGAACCUUUGUAUGA